UUUCAAUUUACAUAUAUUGAUAUAACUUUCAAACUAAAAUUAACAGGAAAAAAGAAAGAAGCAGAGACAGUCGUGAACAUUAAAAGGUUCGUCACGCACAGUGAAACUCUUGAAAGUGUUUAAUUGAUGAUACUCAUUCUCACCCCGCCCUACAAAGACAAACCGGUCCAAGCAGAAAGAUCUCGUCAGACAUGACUUCUGUUGCUUACAAGUGGAAGUAAAAAGUUCACUGCAGUUCUCCGUCAUCAUGGCGUCUACAACAAAAAACGUCCAGUAAUUUAUUCUGAAAGAGGAGAGAAGGAGUGCACAAAAUGGCAGGCAUGGCUCUCGUUGAGAGUUCAUUAUGGAGUUCAUCGAACGGGAGGCCGUUUCCUUGCUCUGUCGGUGGGCAGUUCGGUGACUGAUUCUCGGCGGGUUGGUGGAGAAAUCAGUGAAGUCGACUCGGUUGAAGACGGAAGAGAAAUCUUCUCUCUUCACUUCUGCAGGCAAAAGGUUGUUUUAAAUUCAGCUGAAGUUUAGGAUUUUCUACUAUCACAAUGGAACACAAGAAGAGAGUAUGGCCCAAGCUGAAGAUAGGGAAGUUGGGUCUAGGGAAGAAGAAGACUCCUCUGAAAUACAGGAGGAGUGUGUCGGUACCAGACUUCAGGUUUAUUCCACACAAUAUGCCAGAUUUGGAGGAUAAUUCCAGGACACCUGAUCAAGGCACCAUCUUCUUUGAAAACUUGAUAGUUACUGAUGAUAUGGAUGACAUGAGUGUCUUUUCUGAUCAGUUUACGGCCACUGACAUACCAUAUUCAAACAGCCCAGCACCAUCAGAGAGAUCAAUGCCUGCAGACUUUCCAGUUUCAGUAGAGACCACAGCAGAUAAAAUCUCAGACCGUCCAAGAAACACCACAUGGUACGUAGAGGAUUUAGAUGCAGCUCCCAUACCUACAAACUGGGCCUCUGUAUCAGCAGAGAGAGCAUCACCUGCUCUGAAACCAAAAGAUCCCAAACUAGUUGCAGCCCUUUGUAGAGCCAAUGCAGGAAGACAAACACCUACUGCCCAUGCCUCAGAGAGUGAAAUCUCAGCAUUGGCCUCCACAGAGUCACUCAGCACUACUUCUGAGGAGCAGAUCUGGCAUACUGACCAAGAGACAUUUCCAUCGGAAAUGUUCAUUAUCGGGUCGGCUGAAGACAUGGAAGAGGACAUUCCUAAUGAAACCAGUGACUUUGAUACCCUUUCCCUUCCAGAACAAGAACAGAACAUCAUCUCAGGAGGAUUAAAUGACAGUCAGAUUUCUCUAGCACUGCAGAAGGUCCAUUAUCUCCUCACUAUCAAGCUAAUUGAAGGCAGGAACCUGGUUGUCAGAGACCGCUCAGGAACAAGUGACCCAUUUGUCAAAUUCAAAUUAGAUGGCAAGAACAUCUACAAAAGCAAAGUUGUUAACAAGAAUCUGAACCCCAUCUGGAAUGAAUCAUUUUCCUUUCCUGUCAGAGACCUUGAUCAGACUGUUCAUAUCAAGGUGUACGAUCGUGACACAAGAUCUAAUGACUUUAUGGGAUCAAGCAGCUUUGCUCUCUAUAAACUGGAAUUGGACAAAACUAUUUUGUUGACACUGUGUUUGGAAGAUCGCAACGGUGUAGAGAAAGAUAUGGGAGUAAUCAUUAUAGAGGCGUCUCUGUCCAUACGGGAGGAACCUGCCAAAAGAAAUAAGUGGCUACUGAGGAGAAAGGGAAGCUUCAAUAAGGGUCAGCCAAUAAGUCAGGCACAGGCUGCUCGACUCAUGGGAGGACAGAAGUGUCAGGUGUGGAGUGGAGUUUAUUCUGUCAUCCUGGUCGAAGGCCAAGACAUGCCUGACUGUGGUCAGGGAGACAUCUAUGUACGCUUUAGAGUGGGAGACCAGAGAGUCAGGAGCAAGAAUCUGUGUAUUAAGGCAAAUCCGCAGUGGAAAGAGUCUUUCGAUUUUAACCAGUUCCAAGAUGCACAUGAGAGUUUGGUGGUAGAAGUUUGUUGCAAGAGGGGUAGGAAGUCAGAGGAGUGCUGGGGAGUGCUGGAAAUUGACCUGAACAGCCUUCCUGUUAAUCAACGGCAGUUAUAUACUCGUGUGCUGGACCCAGGCAAGGGCCGACUGAUUUUCUUGGUCACACUGACCCCCUGUUCUGGUGCGUCCAUCUCAGAUAUGCAGUCUGCUCCAUUAGAGAAUCCCAGGACUUAUGAGAGGAUGCUGGAACAAUAUAGACUGAGCAGCUCUCUGGGAGACUUGAAGGAUGUUGGCUAUCUUCAAGUGAAGUUAAUAAAGGCCACAGAUAUUUCAUCGACAGAUAUAAGUGGUAAAAGUGACCCCUUCUGUACACUUGAGCUUGGUAAUAGCAAAUUGCAAACCCACACAGUAUACAAAACCUUAAAUCCUGAGUGGAAGACCGCCUUAACAUUCCCCAUUAAGGACAUCCAUGAUGUCUUGGUGCUGACAGUCUAUCAGGAUGAUGGAGACAAAGCUCCAGACUUCUUGGGGAAAGUUGCCAUUCCUUUACUGAGUGUUUCCAAUGGCCAGCAAAUCACCAGAAUGUUGAAGAAUAAUAACCUAUCCAGGGCAGCUAAAGGAAGCAUCACCCUGGAGCUGGAUGUGAUGUACAACCCUAUCAGAGCAAGCAUCAAAACAUUCCAACCUAAAGAAACAAAGUUUGCAGAGGACAACCCAAAGUUUAACAAAAAGCUUUUAGCAUGUAAUAUCUAUCGAGUGAGGAAGAUCAGCAUGGCCAUCCUCUAUACAUUGCAGUAUAUUAAAAGCUGCUUCCACUGGGAGAACACACAGAGGAGUAUUUCAGCUUUCCUGAUAUUUGUGGUGACAGUAUGGUUUUGGGAGCUGUUCAUGUUGCCUCUCUUCCUCCUGCUGCUCAUUGGCUGGAACUACGUUCACAUCACACCAGGCAUGACCAGCUACAGUCAGGACUUGGAGAGCAUGUCCAUGGUGGAGGAUGAGGACGAGGAUGAAAAGGAAUCAGAGAAAAGAGGACUGAUGGAAAAAAUCCACAUGGUUCAGGAAAUUGUGCUUACAGUUCAAAACACUUUAGAUGAAGUGGCUUGCAUUGGGGAAAGAGUAAAAAACACAUUCAACUGGUCUGUACCAUUCUUGUCCUUCCUGGCCUGCCUGGUUUUGUUUCUGGCCACCACAGCCUUGUACUUCAUCCCACUGCGGUACAUCAUUUUACUGUGGGGUGUUAACAAAUUCACCAAGAAGCUUCGCAACCCAUAUGCCAUUGACAAUAAUGAAAUCCUGGAUUUUCUCAAGAGGGUGCCUUCUGAUAUUCAAAAGGUGCAGUACAGUGAGCUGAGAGCCGAACUCAGCAACCAGGGCCUGGCGAAAAAGAAACGCUUGCGCUGAAACCCAUCGGACAUGUCGGAUGAAAGGGAAGGACGAUGUUUGAAGACACGGUGUGUUUAAGUCAUUACGCACCAUGUGAGAGGAGGAAACCCCUUGUGCCAUGCCAUCCGCAUUUCCAACAAGGUUAUAUAUAUGUGUAUAUAUUUGUAUCUGUGUGUGUGUGUGUGUGUGUGUGUGAGAGAGAGAGAGAGCUCUCACUGACACUCAUGGUCAAAGUGUAUGAGCAUAUGAAGGUAAAGUCGGGCUCCAACAGACUCUGCAUGUGGCCACACUGAAAUUCACUGAAAUACCAGCAAACAAAUGACUUAUGCCUUGCUAUUCAUCUAUUAAUGUCUUUUUAGGGACCACAUUCUGCUUCAUUUAACAAAAGAUAAAUUGCACAACAAAACAUGUUCCCUAUUGUUUGUGUUUACUGCAAGAAAUUAUUCAAAUGAGGGUAAAAUAUUUGUAAUAAACUGCAUUUCACUCAAUAUUUUAUCAGACUAUGGGAAAUAUUCAAGCAAAUAUAAAUGCCAUUUAACAUGAAUUCUCCUUUUUGUAAAUGCAGCUUACAUUUUAAGAAUCUAUAAUGUAUGUUUUGUUUGGUUUUUAAAGGUAUAGAUCACCCCAAAAAUUAGUCUUUUUCAUAAUUCAUAAUUGACAGACUCUGAUGUAGUUGCAACCCUUUUGAUUUUCUUUCUUGAAUAUGGAACACAAAAGAAGAUUUUGUGACCUCAGUCACCAUUCACUUUCAUCGCACCUUUUUAUGUAGAUUUGCAGCAUUAUGUAUUUUUGGGUGAACUAUCCCUUUAACUUACUGUUUCCUGUCAAUCUUUUUGUAUAUUUAUGCAGCAGAUAAAGAUAAA